AUCAUAGUCUCUUCAAAGUUCAAAAUCGUCUGUUUUCACACUGCAGUGCGCCUGCUAAGACACUCGAGGUUCUGGUCCCUUGGCACCGGCGCUGUACGGAGACGGGAAGAGGUCACUGGUGGCACUCUCUGCCACAAUUGACGACAAGAUUUGCACCACACCAGCAUUAUUUUAUCGGUAGAUGAGAUGAGGUACGUGAAACCCUUGCAGUUGUUUCAUGAUUUGGUGAAGACAACCGGGAAGGAACGCGGAAGGUUGCUUGGUUUGGAUGUUGGUGAUAAAUAUGUUGGCCUUGCUCUUUCUGACUUUGAUAAAAAAAUUGCUUCACCUUUCAGUGUUCUGGUUAGGAAGAAGACAAAUAUUGGUUUGAUGGCUUCUGAUUUUGAGAGGCUGAUCUCUGACUAUUCCUUGAAGGGCUUUGUUAUUGGCAUCCCUUUUGACAAACAUCUGGUGUCUUCUCAUGCUGUACAAGUGAAGGUCUUUGUUAAUGACCUCUGUAAAACCAAAGUGCUUGAAGAUCUAAAGUAUACAUAUUGGAAUGAACGCUUCACGUCAAAGAAUGUCGAACUGCUGUUAAAGCCUUUAAACUUGAAUGAUCCAGUUCAUCACAAGACUAUACUAGACAAGUUUGCUGCUGUAGGAAUACUUCAGGGGUACCUGGAUUUUGUUAACAGAAAAAUGAAGCUGAUGGCAAUGGAGUAAGACUCUCUUAAUAAUUUAGAGGCAUGCCCCAGAAAUCACAUCUAGAAACCUCUGAAUGUAAAGGUAGGUUGGUGGACACGAUAAUGGAUCUUAUAUUUUCCUAUAUUUGCAUUCUCUAAUCAUAGUAUCUUUCAGUCUGAUUCGGGUUAGUUUACAACUUUAGUGAAAAAGUUUAAGUGGGAGUUAGUAAAUGCUUCAGUAUUAUUUCAUAAGAUCUGUCUAACAACUUAGGUCUUGUACCUACCUACCUUUCCGAUUCCAGUAGUAAUUAGAAACAGAGGUUAGUAAUACAACUUGUUCAGAUUUUUAUCCAAACAAAAAAACUGUAGAGACUACAUAACUUGUUAGCAUUGAAUUUGUUGCAUUUUUCUUGCACUGAACAAUGACAUUAUUUAUGAAAUUCAAUUUUUGUAUUAUUGAUUAAAU